AUGUCCGUGUUUGGCCUGAAAGAAGAAGAACAGAACGAUGAGGUGGCUUGCUACCACAUGGCAAGAUACAUAAGCAGCAAUGAGGCAGCAUGGAGAAUAUUGAACUUCUUUGCACAUGAAAGGCAUCUCACAGUUGUUCACCUUGCUAUUCACUUGGAUAACAAUCACAGAGUGUAUUUUUCAGCGGAAACUGCAAGGGAGAGAGUUUCAGUGCUAAGACCAACCACUCUGUCCGCAUUCUUUGAACUGUGUCGGGGAGAUGAAUUUGCCAGUACUCGACUCUUUCCACAAGUUCCAAACUAUUACACCUGGGACAUGAGCAAGAAAAAAUGGAAAAGACGUGUGCAAGGGAGAUUUGUAGUUGGUCAUUCAGAGAUCAGAAGGCCAGAUGCUCUGGGAAGAGUAUACACCUUACAUCCUAACGAUGUAGAAUGCUAUUUCCUUUGGAUGUUAUUGCACACUGUCAGGGGCCCAAGAUCACUACUUGUUCUACUCGCAGUCAAUGAGACACUAUGUGAGACAUAA